AUGGCCAUCACAACUAGACCUUCGAAUGCAACAAAAUGUGUUGCAAAGCCGGUACUUGAUGCCAAGCAGCGCCGGCACACCAAAGCUCAGAUGGAGGCUGAUAGGCGUGCUGCUGAAGAGGAACAGAAGAAGACGAAACAGAAAGCACUGGAAGGCCUUGAGCGGAUUGCUGGAAUCCAGAACAACGAAGUACUCAUUGUUGCGAAGGCACAAACUGACCCUCCAAAGCCGCGUCCACGUCCACGUUCUCAGCGCAGUCACUUGCAGCCUGGUGCGACUCCAAGUCCAUCCGAGGAUGUUGUCAUGGCCGAUGUGGAGGUGAAAAAAGUUGUUGAAGGGGAAGCGCUCAACCCAGAGAAUCAGGGUGAGACCUUGGAGACAAAGAAGAAGAAGAAGAAGACGCCUCACCAUGAUGCCAUCAAUGCAAUUCACAACACUUCCCAUCAAGAUAGUCACGCUGCACGUGCAUCAGACGCUGACAAGAAAGGCAACUUGUUGAAAAGUGAAUGUGCUGAACCCGGCAGCGAAGAAGAUGACAAAGAAGCAUUUCUGGGACAUAUGCAGAAGUGGGUCUCAAACAUCAAAAAAACUAAGGGCUUGAGCGUCCCAAAACCCAGAACGCCCAGGAACACAGUUGCGAGCACCCAAACCACGACAAACACCAAAGUUACGACAAACUCCAAAAGUACUGCACCUACCUCAGCAUAUCCACCUCCAUCAACAUGUGUAGAUGAGGCUCUGGACUCAGAUGAUGAACUUGAGGAGCCUGGAUUCUUGCUGGAUACUGAUGAUGUGGAAGAGCGCGACUCUCAUAUUCAUAUGGGGAUUAAACCAGUCUCAGACAUUAUUACUAUUUCUGAUGGCGCAACUGAAGAUGACUCCUUCGUCGACUAUAGCCUCCCACCAUUCAUGCAGAUCCCGAUCAAGCGGGAAGCAAGUGAGUCACCGGCAUGCGAGAGCAAGGACAUCAUCAAUGGUUCAGAUAAUUCCUUUGUUGACUAUAGCCUCCCGCCAUUCACACAAAUCCCAGUCAAGCGGGAAGCAAGUGAUGUCUCAAUUAAUGUCCCUCCCCCUUCCAAGCGCCCUAGGACAAAAGGUUCUCAGAAAGAAUCGAGCGAGAGCAAGGUCAAGUACAAGAAUGAACACCUUCCUGAUGGCUGUCUGAGGAACAAUAAAUGGCGCAGAGUCCUCAUCCCCACCUAUGCAAAGUGGAAUGGUGCACUUCAUGUGGGGUGGGGCAUGAAGGAUACUGAAGAAUGCAAGGUCUUGAGGAUCAUCUGGGACGCCGUCUACAAGAGUAAGAUUCCCGCAGUCAUUAAGUCCGACGGCCCUGUCCAUUUUGUAGCCAGUCAGAGGAUGACGGAAUGGCGGGGUGGAAUCACAUCCGCAACCAUUCUAAUGAUCACAAGUCUUGUUAGUUCUGACAAGGCUUAUGCAACAGAGGAUGGACGUCGUCAACUCGGAGAAUUUUGGCUUCAAGACAACCGCUUUCUUUUUGCAAAUAUUUCAGCAGACAACAAGCAGGGCUUUACUGGAAUGUGGAAAUCCCCGUUUAUUUUACAAACAUUUGCGGCCCACCUACACUACAUUCUAGGCGCCAUUGAAAUUCCUGAGCUCGACGGUGACAAUUGCCAUCCCAGUGCUGCGCUUGCACUUGCAGCUGUUUCAGUCAAACGUGCCUUCACACUUCUCGCUGAAAACAAUAUCACCUUUGAGAUUGUCAAACCUUCUGGAAAAGGUAAGAAGAAAGCCGCUGAUCCACAGGAGAUCUGGAAGGCCAGCGUGAACGAGGCACGCAUUCCAGAUGACGCGUGGGACAGCAUCAUUGCUGAAGCGCGCCAUUUCAUGAAGGACUCGGGACGCAAGCGGAGGGGUUCAAACUCUGGUGAGGAGGACAGCAGUAUAGAGGAUGACAUGGCCGACGACGACGACGACGAUGAAGACAAGUACACUGGACCUCUUCGCAUUCCGGUAACAUUUUUGUAA